AUGUCAGGAAAGAAACCUACUGAGUAAGUAGUCAUUUUGGUUUUAGUUGUCAAUCCAUUUUCAUCAUACAGUAGAACCCUGGUAACUCGGACUCGUACUCCCAAUUCCCUUCAUCCCACGUACUUUACAGUCAUUUUGACUCGGUUAGCGUGAACUCGGGUAACUCUAGAUGUAAUUCCUCGCUAAUACGAACGAAAUGUCGUUUCCCUUGAUCCGCACAAUUUACCCCGAUAGCUUAAUUCUGGUUCUUCAACGCACCAUCUAUGCCAUUAGGUCUUCUUGUCGUGUAAUCGGCACUAACACACGAAACCAACACUACAGCAAUUUGACUUUGCGACGAACAGAUCAGGUACAGUGUAUUUAAUAUUACGGGUAUUAAUUGCCGGAUCAUGUGUUACAACUUCUGAUGAGACAAGUAUAAUUUGCACUCUGUUGUUGCUGAAAAAUCAAUAAACCAUCUGACAGUCAACCCCAAAGACAUAAUUGAACCCUGGCUAACUCGUAUUGUUUUUCGUUUCAAUUGUUUCUUCUGUAUAUGAAAACUUCCGACUUGUCGAGUGCGAAUGGUUAAGACAGAAUCAGUUACAUAUAGUUCAGUCGAGUUUGCGAAUUCUAAGAGAAAUGCUGAGAUGAGAUGUACAUAAAAUGAAUGGAAAUAUUAUGGAAACAAUAAAAGGCAUACUACAUUUCUAAAACUGCUGAGGUCUUUGCGAUUUGCAGCCCAUUAACCUAAACUGAAUUAUUAAUAAGUCUCCGUGAACCGUAAUUAUAGUGAAUGAAUGUAAAUAGGAGUCAUUUAUGAUUUAUACAGCUGUUUAUUCCCCGGAAUAUAAUAAUAACUAAAAAAUGACAACGCUAGCGAAGACCGGGGUGGGGGAACUUGAGGGCAGUUUUUGCGUAGGUGAGUCGCCAAGGCCUUCAAACCCUGACCCUGUUAAAGACAAGAGACUCUUUGUCAUUAAGGAGAUAUGGGAGUGCCCUCCCCCAUCCCCCGGGACGAAGACAAGGUCAAAUGAAACUCUGAAGCGCUUAAAGUUGCAAUGAAAAACCAGCGGAAAACGUUGAGGUAAAGCGUGACAUAUCAGUAAACUGUGGAGCAGAAAAAUCGCCUAGCACGAGGCCAUUAUUUCUCAGAUCAGAGAAUAAUCAGGAAAAAAGAAAAGAAAAAAGGUUGCUAUAACGGAUUAACGAAGUAUUUGUCAGGCACAAAUGUGUUUUGUGUAGUUAAUAACAUAUUAAGCGUAUGAUUCACCCAAUUACAGGGAGGGAAACAAUCAAAGGACGCGAUCUGAUCCAGUCAAUAAGAAUUUCUUGGACAUAAUGUCGAAUGUUUUCACGUAAAAUGAAACUAGAACAUGACUGGAAUGCUCAAAUCUAACUGGUCCUAACUAACUCGCGGACUGAACUAAGGUUACCGCAGAAGUUCAAUAGAAUGUGUCGGUUAUGCAUCAGUCAAUUCCACCUGCGCCCAGCCCCCGGGCUACUGCGGGGCAUUUACCCGCCUUGUCAGUCCCGGGGGUGGGGCAUUUGCAAAUUUUGCACUGCCCGGGGGCCGGGCAUUUGCCAACCCCCGGGCCAUUCCCGAGCUUUUGACACGCACGCGGUUUCCUAUCAGAAUAUAACUACACAGAAGGUUUUACUGAAAAAAUAAGCAGAUUGGCUCUUCUGUCAAGGACAGGAAUAAAUUGUAGAGGGUUGUAAAGGCAUGUUCACGAUUUUACAUGUAUGUAUGCAUUUCGUCAUUGCUUAUCAAGCCAGAAUUGCAUAGCGAAAUUGGACCUAUCGAUGUGAAUCAACGUUUUUUGGUUAUUGAAUCAACUUUCUGUUGAUAUUAUUUGAAGAACACCCUUUCAUAUUUAUAAAACUAUUCAUAACAUAUAACUUUACAGCACUCUGUUAAUUUUAAUGUCAAUACUUUUAUAUCGAUACUAAAACCAUAAACUGGUGCAUGUCGUCGCGGCGUGAAGUCUUAAUUAGAAUCCUAGCGCUAUUACAAAGGAAUUAAGACGUUAAUUGAAACAAAAAAUCGCACAUUAAAAUGGCACUAUUGGACUGUGCGAUCAAUAAAAAAUGUUGCACUGUUGACGGAGGACGGGGCAUUUGCCCUCUUUUUUCGUCCCCACCCCGGGGGAUUUGCCAGCUCAAGAGUCCCCACCCCCGGGAAUUUGCCAUCCAAGGCAAAAAAAAUGCUAAUUCCCGGGCGUCAGCCCGGGGGGGGGCCUGGGCGCAGGUGGAAUUGACUGAUGCAUUAUUCAAACUGGGUUUUUGGACGGAGUUUUAAGGCCCUGUUUACAAGGAGGGUUACCCCAACAAGAGGGUGACCCUAGCACUCGUGUAUUUCUUCUUUUUUUACACGACGUGUUCACAAGAAAGGUAAGGUUACCCUAGCGUAGGGUAACCCUACUUGAGUGCUCGGGUUACCCUAAUAAGAGUGUUACCCAAUCUGCCUUGUAAAUGCUCUGCUAGGGAUAACUGGCCUACUCGUGACAACUUUCCUCCGUCAUGCGUGACCAGUAAUCUUGACAAUUUGAACGAAAUUAUCCAAUUUCUGAGCUAAAUUAUAAACAUCUGAACAAUAUAAGGUAUUUUCUGUACACGAUGACAAUAUUUUUCCGUUUAUUCGUGAAUUUAACGUGUUUUACGUAGAGAACAUGUAUUUCAAAUCUUGGACGUUACAAAGAACGUCACGCAUGACAAAACGCAUCAGUAAAGAUGGUAAAGUUGACCUGGGUGAUAGGGUAACCCUACCUCUGAAAUUUGCUUGUAAACAAGAGCUAACUUCAACCCGCUUGCCAGGGUAACCCUAGCAAAAGGGUAAACCCUCUCUCCUUGUAAAAAGGCCCUAAAAAUACUGCUUUCUAUUAACCCUGGCAUAGAUCUACACGAUGUUUGCUGUGGACAAUAUCAAGAAGACUUCGAGAAGAAGCUUGAACCACUUACUCUCGUGAAGGAAUCCACUUUCAAGAAAAUUUCUCUAAGAUAGACUUUGUUAAAACCCUAUUCAGACGGAGAUUUAAAUAUGGAACCCAACAUCUGCCAUUUGGUUAUUUCCGAUUUAUGUUUUGUCUCAAAGUAGUCACCAAAAAGCCUGGAUUACACCAACACUUAUAAUAAAUGUGAUAAAAAUUGCUAAAUUAAGUGUAACGCUAUAAUUUAAUGUAGAGUAAAAAUAUAAAUAUAACUUUUUUAUAGGAAAAAAAAAGCAAAGCAGGACUGUCAAUACUCGGUUGCCAUGGCAACGUCGAUGUUGAUGUACACGUCACGAUGAUUUAAAGUGUUCCCAGAUAAUUUUUGGGAAAAGUCGGCAAUGUUUAUAAAGAGACGCGCGUGGUCAUUUGCGUGUUUCGCACGUUUUGCUCGACGGACCAAGAAAAAAGGGAGACUGCUCGUAGUCUAAAAAAAGAUAGACCCCGACCCCGCGUUUUACUGACACCUCAUUUUGGGCGCCAUUUUUGUGAGUUUUGUGUUCAUUUAUUCUCUUUUAUGUACCUUUUAGUUUUGUUUCAUUUGUUUAUAUAUUUACUCUACAUUUUUUAGAAAACAUUUUUUUUUUCGACUUUGGCUUGACAGAUUUUAACCAACUCUUCGUACUUGUUGUACGGAUCCGACUAAUGCGCCCAUGCUUGAAAUCGUCAUUUGAAAAUUGUGCUUAAGUUGUGCAUAUUUUUUUUCUUGCUUUUGUUACCGGUUUUAGUGAUAAUUCACGGGAAGAAAUGGAGCUUACAGACUUAACUUCUGUAUCAUGUAAGUUGACAGAUGAGAACAAGGAGCGACUAGCCAAAGAGAAGAACAAAGACAUUCAACUCGGUGGUAAGUCUCUGCAGGAAAAUUGUGGCUCAUAGAGCACAUGAAUAGCCACGCUAGACUGAUCACAGUCCCCUGUUUUUCCGCAUGAUAGUCGAGAUCGAGUGCUUAUACUGUUACGGUAGCAGUCUUGGUUUCAAUGUACCGAGUCCAGCCUAGCGUUGAGUGUCAAAUCUACUUAGGAGCCGAGGGAUGGUCCGCGAGGAAGGGAGAAUCUCUGUGUCCCCAUCCCUAUGGAUCCCGACGCCUGACCCCUCGGUACAUUUAAGACCAAGAUGGCCGCCAGUAACACAAAGUGUUCGACAGACGACCUCGACGAACUUAACGGAAAAAUAGGGGACUACGAACAGUCUACAGCCUUGCUGUCUAUCAGGAAGUAUAAUGGGCUCUUUGUCUGACUAGUUCUUGAUAAUUUCACUAGGAGUCGUUGAGGAACCUUGCACCUUCAGUGAAGAGAGAUCUCUGGAGGAUGGAAGUCACAUUACACCAGUCGGUAAGAAUAGUUAAGAAAAGAAGAUAGCGUUUUAAAUGAAUCCAAGUAAAAUGUUGCUGUUGAUACUGCAGCGGGAGCGUGGCUAGAAAUUUUCAAGAGGUACACCAGUUUUCCAAAUCAAUCUUACCCAAAAUCGAUUUCGCGCGGAGACUUUAUUAAAUUCUGGUCUUUUUAUCAAUUAUAUAGCGAAGUAAUCGUCUCUGUUCGUCUUAGGACUCUGUUCUUCAACCUAUUAGCAGUUAUACCUUUCGCGUGAGGCGAAGUCAUGGAAAACAGCAUUUUGAUUAAAACAUCCCUUUAACUUACCUUAGGCUCCUUUGCUUAGAUUUUUUUCUUUUGUUUGUUUUUGCGUUUAUUUUUCUUCAACAUGUCUUUUAGGUACGCAUCUGCGUAUUGGCGUAGAGGUAACUUGUCCCCUGUACUGUAACGUCAGCGUUUUUAAAGAGCGUUGGUUACGGUAACCUAUUUCAGUAAGAGUCAGCAAAAUCGCAUGCAAAAGUCUUUUUCUAGAAGAAAAACCUCUCUGGGUUCCAGCCUUUUCUUUUGGUAGGAUGGUUAAAGCAUUCUCCAGUCUGUAGGGCACAGAUGUACAAAAUCUCUUGGAGGCGGACACAUUUCAUUUGUUCUUUCCUCCAUGGUUUCUCUCGCCCCCAUGUAAUGGAAUCCAAGGCAGUCUUGGAUUCUGGAUUCCACGCAGUGGAUUCCGGAUUCUAGUCGUGAGAGGGAUUUCGGAUUCUUUGAGCUGUUUUCCGGAUCCCAAAGCCCAGGAUUCCUGAUUCCACAAGAAAAAAAUCCCCGAUUUCGAAAUCCGGAUUCCCUUAUAUAGUGUGUUUUCACUCACGUGGUCAGCAUCUAUGCAAAUUUAUUGGAACAAAAAGAGGCAUUGCAUCCACAGGAUUUGUUUGGGGCACCAACAUGGCCGCCGUUUCAUUGUCUUGGGACUCCAAUAUGGCCGACGUGACGUCAUGUGGAAAAACUGUAUACGGGGCGAUUUCUCUUAUAAGUUACCUUGCCUUUCCAAACAGAUAUUACACAGGAGCAUCCAGUCAUUAACACCGCAAAUGAAGAAGCUCAUGCCUUAGGUAAGAUGAGGAAAUCAGGCUGAGUCUAAAAAGUUUUAGUCAGUAGGGUAUGCUCAUUACUUAGAAUGCCUUCACAUAUCCGGGCUACCAGUGCUAAAUUUGAAAGGUAAUUAAUGAAGAGCGCGCUAGACAAUAGAGAAAAUGGCCUGAAAAUAUCCAGGAGAGUGUACCACUUUUGAUAAACGACUUUUUGUAGAAGAGAGAUUAUUUACUGUAAAUCGUCUUUACCUUUGUUUUUGCUUUCCCUCCAUUUGCAGACAUCAAAUCGAACAUAAAAAUCCACUAUCUCUGUAUUUUUGCUUGUGUGAGAGACAGCCCAUAGCAUAUUUUGAGACGUAAUUUCUUAAAUAAUCUUUUCGUCCCACUGCUCUCGUUCUCCCCGACCUUCAGAGACAAAUAAUGAUUUGACUAAAAAUUGUUGAUUGCUAUCUUUACGAUGUAGAAGUUGAAAGAAAACUCGACGAAGCCCUUAGAGAAGGUGAUUUUGAUUUGCUUCAAGAAAGAAUAACUCCCAAGACUCUUACUAGCUGUAAGACAAACGCUUUAUUCAAAACGUUUGAGGUAAGCUGGGCAUUUUUACAAACGUACACAAUAAACUGCUGCCCACUUUCCUCUCCAGUAAAUCUAAAUUUUAAAAUAAUUCCAGAAUGGCGGUCAUGUUAG